ACCCUACAAGCUACAACUAUCGAAUCAUAAUACACCAAAAACCAUGGAAGACACCUUCUUCUACAGUUUUCUGGCCCUCCUAGUCUGCCUGUCCAUCACACCAACGCUUUUUCGUCGGCUUCGUUACCCUAACCUUCCUCCAAGCCCUUCCUUUUCUCUUCCCAUACUCGGCCACCUCUACCUUCUCAAAGCCCCAAACCACCGAACCUUCCACAGUCUCUCUCAAAAAUACGGCCCCAUCUUCUCCCUCUGGUUCGGCUCCCGCCGCGCCAUCGUUAUCUCCUCCUCUGCCGCCGUGCAAGAAUGUUUCACCAAAAACGACAUCGUCUUGGCAAACCGUCCCCCCACGCUAAUAAGCAAGCACUUCGGGUACAACCAAACCACCUUGGUGACUUCCCCCUACGGUGAUCAUUGGCGAAACAUUCGCCGUAUUGGCACUGUCGAGGUUUUGUCUACUAGCAGGCUCAACUCGUUCGCGGAGGUUCGAAAAGAAGAAGUCAAGCUUUUGCUGCUCAGGCUUUCCCGAAAUGCUGAGAAAGGUCGUUUUGUGAAAGUGAAGCUGCGGUCCUUGUUGUAUGAGCUGACCUUCAACAACAUAAUGACAAUGGUAGCUGGGAAGAGGUAUGUCGGAGACCAAGUUGCGGACAAGGGAGUGGGGAAGGAGUUCAUUGAGAUCAUGGACGAGGCUUUCUCAUACAGCGGGGGAACCAACGCCGGAGAAUUCAUGCCUUUUAUCAGAUGGUUCGGAGGUAAUGGUUAUGUAAAGAAGGUGAAGAAGUUGGGCAAGAGAGCAGAUGUGUUCUUGCAACGUCUGAUUGAUGAGCAUCGGAGCAAGAGUGCAUCAGAGAGUAAGAAUACCACGAUCGACCAUUUGCUUUCUCAACAGGAGUCACAACCCGAGUAUUACACUGAUGAGAUUAUCAAAGGACUCAUACUGAGUUUAUUGUUGGCGGGCACUGAUACAUCGGCAGUGACAAUGGAAUGGGCUAUGUCCAAUUUGCUAAACCAUCCAGAUGUACUAAAGAAGGCUAGAGCUGAAUUGGAUACUCAACUUGGUCAGGAACGCGUAGUAGACGAACCAGACCUCUCUAAGCUUCAUUACCUUCAAAAUAUCAUCUCUGAGACACUUCGACUGUGCCCGACAGCACCAAUGCUAAUACCCCAUUUUGCAUCUCAUGAUUGCGUUGUAAGUGGGUUCACUAUACCACGCGACACACUGGUAUUGAUCAAUGCAUGGGCAAUACACAGAGACCCGAAUUUGUGGGAUGAUCCUGAUAGUUUUAAACCUGAGAGGUUCGAAACCGGUGGUAAGGAUGUGGCACACAAGUUUAUACCAUUUGGAAUGGGAAGAAGGGCAUGUCCGGGAGGAGGAUUGGCUCAACGAGAGGUCGGCUUGACUUUGGCCUCAUUGAUUCAAUUCUUUGAGUGGGAAAGGGUCAGUGAGGAGAAGAUUGAUAUGACUGAAGGAGCAGGACUCACAAUGCCUAAGCAUGUGCCAUUGGAGGCCAUGUACAAACCUCGGUCAAUUUUAAACAAGAUCGUUGAUUAAGGAAGCAUUGAUAUUAAUAUAUAUUACCGAACAAAAUGAUGCAAUUGGCUGUUGGUUCUUUAGAGUGAGUGAGUGACCAACACAACACGUGAAAUUGUCAUCUCUUGUUCGAAUCUAAUAAAAGAGUGUUUUAAUAAUUCAAUAACCUAUAGAAAUUGAGUACGUUAUUGUAUAUAUUUAGGCAGACAAAAACAUAUCAAACUAUACUAACCAUGAAAGGCAUAUUCUUGUACACAUCUCUUGCUAUAAUCGCGUGCUUCCUCAUCACUCUAAAGCUGAUUGGACGACGUCAUUACCCAAAUCUCCCUCCAAGCCCGGCCUUUCUUUUCUCUUCCACUUCUCGGUUACCUCUGUCAACGUGA